UGGAGGAAAAGGUGCAAGAGGUUAAAAAAAUGUUGGAAGAUUGCGCUGAUAAUUAAAAAGAGAUAAUACAAUACAUCGAGGAGCAAGCGGAGAUAAUGGAGUAUGACAAGGAGCAAGGCAGUGAACAGAGCAAUAGUAUGGAUAGCUAGCAGGGAUUUGUCAUUGAGGAAGAGCAUGUCCAAGAUGAGGAAGAUAUUGGCCAGAUCACUGAUAAGCAACAGAUAAUGCAGUUUCGAAUGGGACGAGGAUAGUGCUGAGAUAAUAGAAUCAUGAAUAAUACUGUAAUGCUGGAUUUUAUUUGUAUGCGUAACAUGUUGUUAACUUUCAUCAUGACUGUAGUUUAAUGUUAAAUCAACAAUUUAAUAAAAAUAUUUAUUUUACAUUUUAUUUUAUUUAUAUGCUGUUGAGAUAUAUAUAGCAAAUAAUGAGAAAUGAGUUUGGCACUUGUAAUCUUUUAAACUAAUUAAUAAACUAUUUCUACACAAGAUCAAGGUUAUAAUAAUGAGAACAAAAAUCUCAAAAAUUGUAAAUGCAUUAAGUUUAACAUCUUUAAUUGUGCACAAUUGUAUACGAAAAUAUAGAUGAAUAAAUGGAAUAUUAUAAACCUAUAUCACGAGAUAGCCUUGGUGUUUGCGACGUUUUUAAUUUCAUCCUAACCUAAAUUAGGAACUUCUUUAUCAUCCAUUGGGGGAUUUCUCGAUGAGACAUUUUAGAGCUUAAUGUUUGCAAAAGAAAAGAAAUUCAUGUGAUUGCCAAUAAUAUAAUCUGCAAAAUAAAAUAAAUAAAGUGAAAAUAUGAGCGGUGGCGUCGUUCCAAGUAAAUCAACUGUUUAUAUAUCGAAUUUACCGUUCAACCUAACCAACAACGAUAUACAUCAGCUGUUGAGACAUUAUGGGAAAAUUGUCAAAGUAACAAUCCUGAAAGAUAAAGUAACGCGUCGUAGUCGCGGCGUUGCCUUUGUGUUAUUUCUUAAGAUUGAAGAUGCAGCAUCUUGUGCAAAAGAUCUUAAUAAUAAGGAGAUAUUUGGUCGCACCGUGAAAAGUUCAAUAGCAGUUGAUAAUGGUCGCAGCACUGAAUUCAUACGUCGCAGGGAUUAUCCUGACAAAUCACAGUGCUACGAAUGUGGACAGCAAGGACACUUGUCAUACUGUUGUACCAACAACGCAUUAGGUUCCAGGGAACCACCAGCAAAAAAAGUUAGAAUACGAAAGAAAAAUGUGAAACAAGAAAAGUGCAACACAAGUUAUUUUGAUAGCGAUAGUGAUGAAGCGACAAGAGUACCAAAACGCCACUUCGAUGACGUUGAUGACUUUAAUGAUGAUACAGACGAAGAGCUGGAAACGUUAAGUGCUGUUAUUGCACUUGAGCAAAGACGUAAUGAAAUGGAAUGUAGAGAAACAACAGAUGAAUACGAUAAAAAAGAAACUUUGACUGUACCAAAAAAACGUUAUAAAAAGAAUAACUAUUUCAGUGACGAAGAGGAUUUUAGUGAAUAAUGUGUAUAUAUAUAUAUAUAUAUAUAUAUAUAUAUAU